GGACUUGUAGUUUUUGACACACCGGCUCACCAGUAAGUGAAGCGACAACGACUCCUGUUAAUCACUACAAUUCCCAGCCUGCACCACAGUGGUUGGAGUUUGCGCAGUGAGUGGUCCUGUGUAGGCGAGCGGCGUGUCAGUGAACGGUCUGGUCAUCACCAUGGAUCCGGCCUGGCGUCAGCGGGGUCGUGGGCGUGGUCAGCCACAGGGUCAAGCGUCGCGACCUCAGAGAGAGAGGGCAGCAGCCCCGGCAGCAGAAUCCCCUAAGACUCCUAGUGGUGUGUGGGCUGGAGAUGGGAGGGGGAGAGGAGGAGAUGGGAGAGGGAAGAACGCUCCCACACAGCUACAGUCUGUUAACAGAGGGAAGAACAUGGCAGCACCUUCACAACACACUGCGUCGAGCCAAUCCAAGUUUGAGGAGAUCAGGAAGUCCAACCAGGCUGCUGCUCAGCGAUUGGUUCAGAGCCAGUACAGCUCCUCCUCAGACGAUGAUGUCGAUGAUAUAGUUGAUGAUGGUGGGAAGGUGGAGGGGAAGGAUGGUAAACGAGGGAAGAUUCUGGCCUCGACGCUCACCACCUACACGGACCAGACUGGUGGAGAUGUGACAGACCUAGAGAGAACUCGUCAGUACCUGAGUGAUGCGUUCCAGUCCGGUGCCAUCACCUGCCUUAUCUGUAUCGCCUCCGUCAAGAGAACCCAGGCUGUAUGGAGUUGUGCUGGUUGUUUCUGUCUGUUCCAUAUCCCCUGUAUUCAGAAGUGGGCUAAGGACUCUGUCUUUCUCCUCUCCUCUGUCACUGAUGAAGACUUUGGGAAGAAAGAUCACCCCUGGCCUUGUCCUAAAUGUCGUUAUGAGUACAGCCCCUCCCAGACCCCCAGUAGGUAUGUCUGUUACUGUGGGAAGGUACAGGAUCCUCCUCUGGACCCAUGGCUGUUACCUCACUCCUGUGGGCUGGUCUGUGACAGAGCCUUGAACCCAGCCUGUGGACACCGCUGUCUGCUGCUCUGUCAUCCAGGUCCCUGCCCACCUUGUCCUAAGAUGGUAUCAGUAAGCUGUAUGUGUUCUAAGGCCAUGCCCGUCCCGCGUCGCUGUAGCAACAAGCCCUGGAGCUGUCAGAAGACCUGUGGCAAGACACUGCCUUGUAAACAACACGCCUGUAACAACAGCUGUCACUCAGGUGUGUGUGAGCCGUGUCCGAGGGUCAGUGUCCAGAGGUGUGUCUGUGGACAGGAGGAGGCAGAGAGACAGUGUGCCAGCCCUGUGUGGCACUGUCAACAGCCGUGUGGUCGUCCUCUCUCCUGUGGUAAUCAUACAUGUGAGAGAAUGUGUCAUUCAGGUCUGUGUGGGGCGUGUCCUCGAUCUGGCAACAGAGCCUGUCCCUGCGGCAAGUCAAAGAGUUCUCUCCCCUGUACUGAGGAUGUCCCUACCUGUGGUGACACCUGUGACAAGGUGAUGGAAUGUGGCUUACACACCUGUUCCAUGAGGUGUCACAGAGGGGCCUGUGAAACCUGCAGACAGGAGGUAGAGAAGCAGUGUCGUUGUGGGAAGCACACACGUCUCAUGCCGUGUCAUAAGGAGUACCUUUGUGAGUCUAAAUGCCCCAACACCAGAGGCUGUUCACGGCAUCAGUGCAGGAGGAAGUGCUGCUCUGGUAACUGCCCACCAUGUGACCAGAGCUGUGGACGAUCGCUGGGCUGCCGAAACCACAAAUGUCCCUCCGUCUGUCACCAAGGCAGCUGCUAUCCCUGUCCAGAGACGGUGGAUGUGAAGUGUGUGUGUGAAUCCACCUCUCUGACUGUUCCCUGUGGGAGGGAGAGGAGUACCAAGCCCCCACGCUGUAAAGAACUGUGCAGGUCUCCCCCAUCCUGCCACCACCCCAGCAGAGAGACCCAUCGUUGUCACCCUGGUCCCUGCCCUCCCUGUCGCCAGGCCUGUCUCCUGGCCCUGAAACGAUGCCAACACCCCUGUCCCCAACCCUGCCACGACCAGGUUAUGGUGAAGACCAGCGACAGGGUCCUAGCAGGCCCGUGGGAGCAGUCGUCAGAACCUGCGUUUGUCCGUAAAGCUCUCCCCUGCCCGCCCUGCCUGGUCCCUAUACCCACGGCCUGUCUUGGAGAGCAUGAGGUGAGCCCGGUCCCAUGCCACCGUCGAGGGCCUUUCUCCUGUAAGCGUGUCUGUGGUCGAACUCUGACCUGUGGUAACCAUAGCUGCACCAAGGACUGUCACCGUGUCACCGCGACAACCAACAAACUACAGGCGGGUCCAGAGUGUGUGGUGUGUGAGGAGGGGUGUGUUAACCCUCGCCCCCCUGGCUGUCCCCACCCGUGCCUGUUGGCAUGCCACCCAGGGUCGUGCCCCCCCUGCCAACAGAUGACCCGACAACGCUGUCACUGCAAGAUCUCCCUGCUCUACAUCGACUGCCUGACGUUCAGAAGUGCGGAAGAUGAGACUAAAGCUGAUCUGGGGUCCUGUAAGAACCAAUGUCCUAAACAGUUGAGUUGUGGUCAUCAUUGUAAGGAUCUGUGUCACCCAGGACAUUGUGAGGAUAAAUGUUCCCACAGGGUCAAACUGAAGUGUCCCUGCAAGAGGAUUAAAAAGGAGCUGCUGUGUUAUAAAGCCAGACAGGACCAGACUGGUAUAUGUUAUUAAUACUGUAGUGUCUAUGUCAUGAUGUAGGAGCUGCUGUGUUAUAGAUCCAGACAGGACCAGACUGGUAUAUGUUAUUAAUACUGUAGUGUCUAUGUCAUGAUGUAGGAGCUGCUGUGUUAUAAAGCCAGACAGGACCAGACUGGUAUAUGUUAUUAAUACUGUAGUGUCUAUGUCAUGAUGUAGGAGCUGCUGUGUUAUAGAGCCAGACAGGACCAGACUGGUAUAUGUUAUUAAUACUGUAGUGUCUAUGUCAUGAUGUAGGAGCUGCUGUGUUAUAGAUCCAGACAGGACCAGACUGGUAUAUGUUAUUAAUACUGUAGUGUCUAUGUCAUGAUGUAGGAGCUGCUGUGUUAUAGAUCCAGACAGGACCAGACUGGUAUAUGUUAUUAAUACUGUAGUGUCUAUGUCAUGAUGUAGGAGCUGCUGUGUUAUAGAUCCAGACAGGACCAGACUGGUAUAUGUUAUUAAUACUGUAGUGUCUAUGUCAUGAUGUAGGAGCUGCUGUGUUAUAGAGCCAGACAGGACCAGACUGGUAUAUGUUAUUAAUACUGUAGUGUCUAUGUCAUGAUGUAGGAGCUGCUGUGUUAUAGAUCCAGACAGGACCAGACUGGUAUAUGUUAUUAAUACUGUAGUGUCUAUGUCAUG